ACGCGAGUAAUACGGGGUUACCGACUGGUGCGUACCUUUUGCCGUGAAAAAACCCUUUUCUUCGUGCUUAGCACGCCGCAAAAGCCUACGAGCAUCAAGUUGAGGUAUAAUUACAUCCAGUGCAAACGAAUGUAAGCAUGUCCCGCUACGUACAACGCCCGGAAAAUGCUCUGAAAAGAGCGAACGAGUUCAUCGAUGUCGGCAAGAAGGCCCGUGCGUUGGACACCUUGCAGGAGGUGUUCCGCGCGAAGAAAUGGAACUACAAUUGGUCCGAGUCGAUCAUCGAGCCGAUUAUGUUCAAGUAUCUGGACCUUUGCGUCGAGCUGAAGAAGUCGCACAUCGCGAAGGAAGGACUGUUCCAGUACCGUAACAUGUUCCAGCUGGUGAAUGUUGGUUCGCUGGAGAAUGUCAUCCGAGGUUACCUGAAGAUGGCCGAGGAGCGCACGGAACAGGCCCAGCAGCAGUCGUCCCAGGCGAUCGUGGACAUCGACGAUCUGGACAAUCUGGCGACGCCCGAGUCCAUCCUCAUGAGUGCGGUGUGUGGUGAAGACGCACAGGACCGUUCCGACCGUACGAUCCUGCUGCCGUGGGUAAAGUUCCUGUGGGAGAGCUACUGCCAGUGUCUCGAGCUGUUGAAGGUGAACUCGCACUGUGAAACGUUGUAUCACGACAUCGCUCGUAUGGCGUUUCAGUUCUGUCUGAAGUACAAUCGCAAGAUGGAGUUCCGCAAGCUGUGCGAGAAGCUGCGCAAGCACUUGGAGGACAUCUGCAAGGUGUCGUCGCAGACGGCCAACGUGAGCAUCUCGAAGCCGGAAACGCAGCAGCUCAACCUCGAGACUCGUCUGCACCAGCUCGACUCGGCCAUCCAGAUGGAGCUGUGGCUGGAAGCGUACAAGGCCAUCGAGGACAUUCACGGGCUGAUGACGCUUUCGAAAAAGACGCCGCUACCGAAAACGAUGGCCCUGUACUACCAGAAGCUGGCGAUGGUCUUCUGGAAGGCCGGAAACCAGCUUUUCCAUGCUGCCGCCCUGUUAAAGCUGUUCCAGCUGUCGCGCGACAUGAAGAAGAACGUUACGGCCGAGGAGAUUCAGCGCAUGACUACUCAUGUGUUGAUCGCCACGCUGGCCAUUCCGCUUCCAUCGGCCCAUCCCGAGUUCGAUCGUUUCAUCGAAACCGACAAGAGUCCGAUGGAGAAGGCGCAACGCUUGGCGUUCCUGCUCGGUCUGCAGCAAUCGCCUUCCCGGGCGUUGCUUUUGAAGGAACUGCUGCGUUUGAACGUGUUCCAGCUGGCGUUGCCCCAGUUCCGCAACCUCUACCAGCUGCUCGAGGUUGAGUUCGAUCCGCUCAAUCUGUGCAACUCCGUCCAGAAGAUCAUCGACGAGAUCGAGGCCGACCCGAACUCACCGUACGUACAGUACGUGCAGGCGCUGAAGGACGUCACGCUGGUACGUCUGGUGCGGCAGAUUUCCCAGGUGUACCAAACGAUCGAGUUUUCACGCCUGCUCGAGCUGGCCAAGUUUGCCGACUACCACUACCUGGAGCGCAUUCUGGUCGAUUGUGUACGCCACAACGAUAUGCAGAUCACGAUCGACCAUCGCAACAACUGCGUGCACUUCGGAACGGAUCUGAGCGAAAGCCAGCGGGAAGACCAUCCGGACGGCCCAACGCUGCAGUCGAUGCCGUCGGAACAGAUCCGCUCGCAGCUGGUCAACAUGUCGGUGGUGUUGCACCGUGCGAUCGCCACGAUCAACCCGAACCGCAAGAAGGCCGAGCGCGAGCGGCUGCGCACGCAGAUGGUGCACCAGUACGAGGAAAACGCCGAGAAGGAGCACCAGCGUAUUCUGCAGCGCCAGAAGAAGAUCGAGGAUCGCAAGGAGUACAUCGAGCGGGUGAACCUAGAGCGCGAGGAGGAAGAGCUGCGCAUGCAGGAGGAACAGGCGCGCCAGCACAAGCUGGCCGAGCAGCGCCGGCUGGAGGUGGAGAACGAGGAGCGCGAGCGCAAGCGCCACGAGAAUGAGCUGCAGAUGAUCAAGGAGCGCAACAUGAAGGACAAGAUCGAGCAGAUCAAGCAGACGGCCACCGGGCAGAAGCUGCUGAAGAAGAUGGACGAGGAGGAGAUCCGCAAGCUAAACGCGGAGGAGAUUGCGGCCCGCGAGGCCGAGGAGCGGCUGAAGGAGCGUAAGGCGCACGAUACGAACCUGAAGACGCAGGAGAAGAAGGUCGACUACUUCGAGCGAGCGAAGCGCCUGGAGGAGAUUCCGCUGAUCGAGAAGUACCUGCAGGAGCGUGCGGUGCAGGACAAGGAGUUCUGGGAGAAGCAGGAAGCGGCCCGCAUCGAGGCGGCCAUCGCCGAGCGCAAGAACGCGGAAGCCUGCCAGGAGCGGCUGAAGCGUAUGCUGCCCGAUCGCGAGAUCUACUGGCAGCAGCUGAAGAACGAGCGCGGCAAUCAGUUCGCGGAGAAGCUGAAGCAGUUCAAUGUGGCCCUCGAGGAGGAACGCAAGCGCCGUCUGGCCGACCGGGUGGUGAAACGUCGCGAAGAGCGCCGUCAGAAGUGGCUGAAGGAGAAGGAGGAGGAGCGGCGACGCGUCGAGGAGGAGAUUCGCAAGCAGAAGGAAGAGGAAGAGCGCAUCGAGCGUGAGCGCCGUGCCGAGGAGCGUCGUAUCGAGGACGAGAAGAACCGGCUGAUUGCCGAGAAGCAGCGGGCCAAGGAGGAGGAGGUCGAGCGCAAGCUGGCUGAAGAACGCGAACGGCUCAAGGAAGCCGACCGCCGUGAACGGGACACAUGGCGCGAGCGACGUGCUGGCGGUGCUGGUGGAGGUGGCGAAGCGAAGCAGGACGACAAUUGGCGCAAGGGACCGGCUCCGGGUGGUGCUGCCGACGAGCCCAAGAAGGAUGCUUGGCAAUCGUCUGGACGGUUCGGAGGACGCGAACGUGACGGAGCCCCACGUGGAGGAGCCCGGGAGGAAGGCGGUGCCAGCGACAAGUGGCGCCGGGCCCCGGAAGAUCAGGAUAAGGACGGUGCACGCGAUGGGCCGCGUCGCGGAGGUGAGAUUCGCCGUGGAGGGGACGACCGUGGUCCGAUUCGCCGUGGAGUCGCUGGUGAGGAUCGUGAUCGGGAAGAUCGUGGUCCGAUUCGCCGUGGACCAGCAGCCGGAGCUGGCGGUCCGGAUGAUCGCGAUCGUCGUCGUGGUGAGGGUGCUCCUGGAGGAGGAGCACCACGCCGUGGAGGAGAUGAUCGUGGCGGAUUCAAUCGCGACCGUCGUGACGAUCGUGGACCGCGCCCGGCUGGUGGCGAUCGCGAUAAUACGUGGCGCCGUGGACCCGCUGAGAAUCGGGAUGAUAAUCGGCGUGCUCCGGCGGCACGUGAAGAGGGAGGUGCCGGUGGUGGAGCACGUGAAAGCAGCUGGCGUACCGCUCCCCGACAGCAGGACGCACCCAAGCCAAGGGAAGAGCGUCCCCAGCGUGAGCAGCGUCCCCCGCAGGAAAAUGUACCCCCACGCAACACCGGUCCCGAUGAGGACGGAUGGACGGAUGUCAAGCAUCGUUAGGGGAUGACUAACCUACCAGCAAGGGGGCCUAAACUACCUUUAAGUGAUUAGUGUUCUCUGGCACACAAGUAAAUCAACCCCCGCUCCUGUUAACCUAUCUGAACCCAUCGACGCAUGCAUGCAGCAUCGCCGUUGGUUUGUGUAUCCGUUUAUUUUUGUAUUGCUUUUCUCUUUACUAUACCAGCUAUAGAAUUGAACCAUUAAAUAAUUACGCCACUCAGCUGCUAAAAGACGUUGUGGCAGUGGAAUAGGAGGAUUUGCAUCGAUACUGUUUGGAGUUUGGAACAACUCCGAGUUCCUCGUGCGUGGUUUAUUGGACAUUUAUUCGUAGCAAUUAUUAUGCUUAGGAAACUCCGUAACAAAAUAUAAUUAUAAAAAUG